GUAGCGCGGCAAUCACUGGUGCGCUGUGUCUCUCGGACACAGCGGAUCAUCGAUCAACGGAAAGAGCCGAAUUGCCACCUGUCAGUGUUCAUCAAUGCCAGCUGUCAGUGCCCAACAAUGCCACCUGCCAGUGCCCAUCAGUGCCACAUCAAUGUCACAUAUCAGUGCCCAUCUGAGCUGCCUUUCAGUGUCACCUAUCAGUGCCAGUCAGUGCCACCUAUCAAUGCCAGUCAGUGCCACCUAUCAAUGCCAGUCAAUGCCACCUAUCAGUGCUGCCAAUCAGUGCCACCUAGCAGUGCCGCCUAUCAGUGCCAGUCAGUGCCACCUAUCAGUGCGCAUCAGUGCCGCCUAUCAGUGCCCAUCAGUGCUGCCUAUCAAUGCCGCCUAACAGUGCCAGUCAGUGCCACC